AUGAAAGAGGUCAUUUCCUGGGUUCACCAGUUCUCAGUGGCCGUGUCUGACUCCCGGUGGCACUAUGUGUCUGUCGGCGUGUCCUCCAAGGCCCUGACGCUAUAUGUGGACUGCGUGCUGGUGGAGACGAUAAAGUGGGUCUACCCGUACAUGGGCAUCACCACAGAAGGACUCCUCACCGUGGGUGGCAUCCUGGAGGGAUUUGAAACACCGUUUGAAGGGGAGCUGAGGCAGAUGACCUUCCUGAUGGGAGACGCGGAUGCUGCCAGAGAUCACUGCAGCCUGUAUAGCACCGAGUGUGGCGUUGCAAAGACCCCGCGCUCCACACACAAGAAACAGGGGACCUCAUUCUCCUCCGUCGAUCCAGGGCUGGACCUCACAGAGAGCUCAACGGAUGACGGCAGCAGCCCCGUCGUGGUGCAGAAGACAGGGGGUUUGAGGCCCAGCAUCACAGAGACUAAUGCUCUGAUCCCCAACGUGUCCCCAGUCUUGAAUGUCAGCAGUGAGGUCGCUAAGCACAACCCUAAAUGGGAUCUACAGACCAUGGGCCAUGGGAACAACAGCCUCUUGCUGGAGAACCACAUUGAGUCCGCUAAGCCCACCGUAAUCACUACAAACAGCUUCGGUGAAAGAGGAACCAGUGACCGGGGGAUUCACACCUCCAUCAAACCGCUAAGCCCAAAGGUAAACGCAGACCGCAGAAUAACACAGACCAGGCCCUCAGGCGGCGGCAUCAUUGACCUGGACUCGCCCGGAACCUCCGCCAACGGAUUUGAGAAAUCCUCCUCUCAGCCCCCCACUAAAAGUCAACCCAAGUCAAACUCAAAUGCGCACUCCAACGCACUGCCUGAAGAGGAGCUGUUGCCGUCCACCCUUGACCCUGGGCCGGAAGGGACUGGGGAGAUAUACGAGGGACAGGGCAGGGGCCGGGGCACAGGGGGCGCCGGCACUAAGCAGACCAGCGUGCAGCCGGCCAAAGCACCAAAGCAUGGGGACGUGGUCACAGGUCGGGAUGGACGGCACUAUCGGCUGCUGAGGGGAGCGCCGGGACCAGCCGGGCCUUCUGGACGAACCGGAUGCAUUGGACGUGAAGGCCCUGAGGGAUUUAAAGGCGACAAGGGCUCUAUGGGUCCAGUGGGGCGAGAUGGGAUGCGAGGAGAUCCAGGUCCCCCAGGGUUUCCUGGCCUACCGACUCUCUAUCUGUGGAGGAACACCCCUGAGGAUUGGGCUGCGUUCAGGAAAACACCUCUUUUCCACGUGAUCAACGCAGGAUGGCCUAGAGAACAGGGCCCCCCUGGACCAAUUGGAGAGAUGGGGAAGCCUGGCCGCCCUGGUAUUCCAGGUGAGCCGGGCCAGAGAGGCAUACCUGGACGCAGAGGUGAUAUGGGCAGCUUCGGGCCGAAGGGGGUGAGCGGACGAGAAGGGAAAUCAGGGAGGGACGGAGAGCCGGGGCAGGACGGAGCUCCAGGGCAGCGCGGAUUACCUGGCCUGAAGGGCCCGCGGGGUGAGAAAGGAGACACUGCCCCUACUGGAGAGAAGGGGGAAGAGGGCUUCCCUGGGGUUCCUGGUGCUCGAGGUGAUAUGGGAAGAGAGGGAGAGAAGGGCUCCAUAGGAGAGCCAGGAUUAUCAGGACCCCUCGGUCCUCCUGGACCAAUCGGAGUUAGAGGCGUGGAGGGGUCUCCUGGCCCUCCAGGGCUAGAGGGUCCUCCUGGGCUCAGUGGCAGAAUUGGACCACCAGGGGCAGUGGGAGCCGCAGGAGUGACAGGAAUGGUUGGUCCCCAAGGGAUAAAUGGCUCAGAGGGUGAUACAGGACCUGCUGGUCCAACUGGACGCAAAGGCCCCAUGGGUCCAGUUGGCAUUGAAGGAUUCCGAGGACCUAACGGGCCCAGAGGACGACAAGGUUUCCCUGGCAUGGACGGGCCACAGGGGCUGAAAGGAGACAAAGGACCAGAGGGGCCAAUGGGGAACAGAGGCUUGCAGGGCGUUGAAGGGGCAAUGGGUUUGGCAGGAACUCCGGGCCUGAAAGGUUUCAGAGGGGACCCCGGCCUGAGGGGAGACUAUGGAGACAAGGGAGUUACUGGACCUAAAGGAGACAAAGGUCUCAAUGGUGUGCCAGGCAUCAUGGGACCUCAAGGGGAGAGGGGUCAGAUUGGCCCUCCUGGUCCGCCGGGUCAGAGAGGUCAGGCCGGUCCAACAGGAAAUCAGGGGCCAGAGGGUGACGCUGGACUCCAGGGAGGCGUUGGCAAGGAAGGACUUAAGGGUGACAGGGGGAUUCCUGGACCUGAUGGAGAAGGCGGACUGAAAGGGCCAAAGGUACUAUUUCUUUAA